GAGUGGGAGAACCUAAUUUUCCGAAAAUGUCAGCUGGAUGGCACAUAACCUCACAUUGAAGCUAAUUGCCACGGAAUCACGGCUGUUGGGUAAAUAUUGCGGUAUUUUGCUGGAAAAAUCAUGGAAAAACUGGAGAAAAAGGAAAUCAGUCAGGCUCUGAUCGUGGCGGACAACUUUACGGACAAUUUCGCACCAUUUACCGACACAAAACCACUGGCGCUCCUGCCCAUCGUCAAUGUGCCCUUCCUGGACUAUGCCAUUGAGUUCCUCAAUUUCAGCCGCAUCGAGGAGACGUUCAUCGUGGUGAGCAAUGGGCUGGAGCAGGUGCGGAGCCACAUUGAGCAGCGAUUGAAGGAAUACUACAUCUGGUCGGUGAAGAUGACAAUCACAGUGAUUGGAUCUGAGGGCAGUCAUUCUGUGGGCGAUGUCCUCAGGGACAUUGACGCCAAGGGACUGAUUCGAGGACAUUUUAUUCUCAUGACUGGUGACACAAUCUCGAAUGUCAAUAUGAUUCCGCUGCUGGAGAGGCACAAGCAGAUCGCGAAGUUCGACAAGGGCGCCUGCAUGACGGUGCUGUACAUGGAGUUGCCGCCGGAAAUGCGCACAGGGGACGAAGUGACUGUGGCUGUCGAUCGACUGAACAAUCGUCUACUCACGCACCAGCGACAGAAUCCUUUGAGUCGCGAGAGGAAGUUCUCCUUUGGCCUGGAGUACUUCAAACUCCCGUCGGGCGCGGAGAUUCGACACGAUUAUGGCGAUCCCCAGAUCGCCAUCUGCUCUCCAACCGUCCUGCCCCUCUUUGCCGACAACUUCGACUUCGAGACGCGCGAUGACUUCAUCCGCGGACUGCUAAUCAACGAGGAGAUCCUCGACAGUCGGAUUUACGUGGCUGAGUUGUCUGCCGGCGAGUAUGCGAUGAAAGUGAGCAACUGGCAGAAGUACAAGAUGGUCAGCAACGACAUCAUCCAUCGGUGGACGCAUCCUCUAUCGCCAGACAUGGGCAUCGGGCGGCUGAAGCUGCAGUACAACAUCUCGAAGAACCUCGUGUACAAGAACAAGAGUGUGCAGCUGGCCAGAAGCAGCGUCCUCAAGGGCAGUCUCGUGAUCCAUGAGGCGAGCUCGGUGGGCGAGAAGUCCUGGCUGUCUGACUGUGUGGUGGGGAAGCGCUGCCGGAUUGGCAACAACUGUAAGAUCACAAAUUCCUUCAUCUUCGACGACGUCACAGUGGAGGACAAUUGCCGGCUGGAUCAUUGCGUCCUCGGCCAAGGAUGCAUAGUUAAGAAGGACUCAACAGUGACUGGAGGCGCAGUGUGUGGAGACAGAGUGAUUCUGCCUGAGAAGAGCAGCAUAGACAAGCUGACGAUCCAAUCGACGGCGCCGGAAUUCUCGGAACCGAGCCAGAAACUCGGAAAAUCCGCAUUCGUCGUCCUCGAGGAGCGAGAAACUGAUGCUCAAGACUCGGACGAUGACGAUAAGGACAUCACGCAGACGACAGUGAAGAGAAUGGCUCCGACAGAUUACGCAGAUCACGAGAGCGAUCACAGUUCCAGCUCAGAUGAGGAAGAAUCUCAGCGAGCCUCUCCUGUGCCUGAAGAUGCCAACAUUUUCCUCUCGGAGGUGAUCGACAGUCUCAAGAGAGGCUUCGAGGAGAAAUCCAACCCAGAGUUUCUCGUCCUGGAAAUCAAUUCUUCACGCUAUGCCUACAAUAUGUCGCUCUCGGAGGUCAAUUUCUACGUUGUCCAGGCCAUCUUUCACUUGUCGCCUCUCGCCGAGGCCACAACGAGCGUUCUGGCGGCGCUGAAGCAGAUCUACAGUCAUCUGGGACCAGUGUUGAAGAACUACAUCAAAGGCGAGGCAGCCAUGCACGACUGCUUGAAGGCAAUUCAGGAUAUUUGUCAGGAGAACAGCAAUCUGAAGCCAAGAGUCUCCCAGAUUGUGCACUUUUUCUACGAUGAGGACCUCCUGAGCGAGGAGGCCAUUGUCUCCUGGCACGAGGACUUGGGAGAGGAUGCCGAGUGGCUCAGGGAAGGCCUCAAGAAGCUUAUUGUGUGGUUCCAGGAGGCCAGCAGUGACGAGAGUAGCGAUUGAGAUUUUGUAAAUGCACUGAGCUGAAUCGAA